AAAAGAUACAAAAGCCAUAAGCAAGUUGUUGAGAGAGAGAGAUGGAGGAUUUGCCACCAGGGUUCAGAUUCUUCCCGACCGAAGAAGAGUUGGUUUCGUUCUAUUUACGAAACAAGCUCGAGGGAACAAGACAGGCUCUGCACGGGCUUAUUCACCGGGUCAUACCGGUUGUUGAUAUCUAUGAGUUCCAUCCGUCGGACCUUCCCCAAUUUGCAGGAGAUCUAUGCUGUGGAGAUCCGGAGCAAUGGUUCUUCUUCAUCCCAAGGCAAGAGAGUGAGUACCGUGGCGGGAGGCCGAGGCGGCUCACGACCACUGGGUACUGGAAAGCUACGGGCUCUCCCAGUUUAGUCUACUCGAGCAAUCGCAUAGUGGGGGUGAAGAGAACAAUGGUGUUCUAUACAGGACGGGCUCCGAGCGGCGUGAAAACUGAAUGGAAGAUGAAUGAAUACAGGGCCACCGAAGGGGAGGCUUCUUCUCCUGAAGAGAUCCCAGUGGUGCCAAGGCAUGAAUUCAGUGUGUGCCUGUACAAGAAAACGAAGACCUUGAGGUCUUUCGACCGAAGACCGAUGGGAGAAAUCAUUAGAAGCAGCCAGACAUUUCAACAGAACACCAUGCCGAAUGAUGAUCGACAUCCUCUAGAAAUGACAUCAUCUCGUCGAGGCAGUUCUCCGCCCAUGGAGAGAGCAAGCUCAUCACCAGACAGUUCAUGCGCCUCCAAAGACCUUGGGACAAUUCCAUUGCAAGCAGGAGGACUAGGAAGCUGUAUUGACAUGGAGAUGCUGCCCGAUGAUAGCGAACUGUUCUUGCAGGACUGGGAUCAAUUCUGGUACUAACUAAGAAAGCUAAUUUACUAUGUAUAACUAAACAAUAGCAGAUUCGCGUUGUCAUAAUUAAAAUGGGGUAACUCUUAGUCACCUUGGUGAUGCCAAGUAGAUGCGUAGUUCUCUUGAAUUUAAUGUCUGUUCACGGUGGGCUUGUAUCCUAAAUUUGACCAUCAAUGUAGAACUAAUAUGAAAGGUCUAAUCAACAUAGC